AUGUCAGGAAGAGGCAAAGGUGGUAAGGGACUCGGGAAAGGAGGCGCUAAGCGCCACAGGAAGGUGCUGCGGGACAACAUCCAGGGCAUCACGAAGCCUGCCAUUCGCCGUCUCGCUCGCAGAGGUGGCGUGAAGCGCAUUUCUGGCCUCAUCUACGAGGAGACCCGUGGGGUGCUGAAGGUCUUUCUAGAGAAUGUGAUCCGGGACGCCGUCACUUACACCGAGCACGCCAAGAGGAAGACUGUCACAGCUAUGGAUGUGGUCUAUGCUCUCAAGCGCCAGGGCCGCACUCUGUAUGGUUUUGGAGGUUAA